AAACAAAACUGUCCACGACUAGUUAUAUAUAUCUUACUGAUUUUCUUAUAAAAGUUACAUUAAUAGAUAUUAUUUUAAUAAAAAAAUAUGCAUAGACGAGCUUUAUUUUUAUAGUAUAUAUGUAUUUUUUUUAAAGUAUAUAUGUAUAUCUUGUUACAAAAAAAUAUAUAUGUGUAUAUCUUUUACUUAUUCCUUUUUUUUUUGGUUUUCCUUCCGAGCUAGGGCUUUCAGAAUUUGUUUCCUUUUCUUACCUCUUUGCUUCAUUAUAUAAACAGAGAAUGUGAAAGUCUCAAGCAUAGUUUCUAAAGAAACAUAUUCUUUUCUCGAAGUAACAAACUCUACGAAAGCAAUAUGUGGAAUCAAAAGCCGAGCUUCAGGUUUGAGAUAGAUAACUACUCGGAAAAGCCGAGCAUACAAAUACAAUCUAAGACAUUCGUGGCUGGCGGAUGCGAAUGGUAUCUUAACGCUUUUCCCAAGGGAGGUUAUCUUGCUGUUCAUGAUCACUUUUCUUUGUUCCUGCAAGUUGCAAAUCGAACCAUGCUACCAACUGGGUGGAAAAGGAAAGUUAGUUUUUACUUCACUCUGUUGAAUCAAUCCGACAAAGAGCUCUUCAGAUCUAACAUUGUACGAUGCCAAGUGCUUGAUGUUAAGGGUCCAUCCUGGGGCUUCGAAAAGCUAUGUCCUCUUAGCAAGCUUCAAGAGAACGGUGUCUUGGAGAAAGACAGACUAAUCAUUGAGGUCUACAUUAAUUUGAUUGAAGCUGUUGACGGAGAAAGCGGAGAUGUAUCAGGGAAGGAGGAGACUAUGGAUAUCAACGGUUUUAAGGUUCUUGCUUCUCAGGUAACUCUAGUGAGGAAGAUAUUCGCAGAGCACCCGGACACUGCAGUAGGUUUGAAAUCAAAGAACCAAGUGCUGAAGACAGCAUACAUGAAUGUCCUCAUUGGUCUCAUCAAUACACUAAACAAGCCUUCACACAACCACUCAGAGACUGAGCUAACCAAGGCUGGCAGCGAGUUGAGUGAGCUGGAAGAAGUGGGUUUCAAGCUUGACUGGCUCAAGUCAAAGCUUGAGGAGGUUAGCUUGGAGAGGAAGAAAGAAGAUGUCUAUGGUAAUAAGGUCAUACAGCUUGAGGAACGUGUGAAGAAUCUUGAGCAGAUGGAAAACAAGAUGAAGAGAAAGAUUGUUGAGUGUUUCUUGGAGAGGAAGAAAGCAAAAGAUGAUGGGUCUCGGGUCCAAACACUCGAGGAACGGGUCAACUACCUUGAGGCGGUGGACUCCAGCUCCAGGCUGGAUUGUCUGACUCUGAAGUCGAAAUCUGGGGGUGUUUCCUUGGAGAAGAUGAAGAAGGUAGAUGAUGCUGAUGCGUCUAGGGUCCAACAACUGGAGGAAAACCUCAAGAAUCUUGAGGAGAUUGUGUCUGAUCUCAAAGUGAAACUGGACGAGGGCAAGGAAAAAACCUCUUGUGAUGGAUUUUUGCUGGUGGGCGACGACGAGGUAGCUUGAUAUAGAUACCAAGUUGUUAGUUCAUUUAGAAGACUCUACUAUAGUGCUAUGCGUUCAUUUGUUUUAGUGUUUUUCUUGAUGGAUAUAUUGUCUUUCACUCCUUAAUUAUGUUUUGUGUCAA